AUAUGAAUACAGGUCUCUUCUUACAGUUACAGAGAGAAACAGAGGUCAUGGCGACGGCGGCGACGGCAACGGCGGCGGCAGAGGCGACGGCGACGGAGGUUAGUAAUAAGCAGGUGAUUUUGAAGAAUUAUGUAAGCGGAUUCCCGAAGGAAUCCGAUAUGGAGGUAAGAACUACUAGAAUCCGCCUCAAACUUCCAGAAGCUUCUUCUAACGCCAUUCUGGUAAAGAAUCUUUACCUCUCCUGCGAUCCAUACAUGCGAGGUCGCAUGAACAACUCCCAACAAAGCUACAUUCAAUCCUUUACCCCUGGCUCUCCAUUAACAGGAUAUGGUGUAGCUAAGGUAUUGGAUUCUACACAUCAAGAUUUCAAGAAAGAUGACUUGAUUUGGGGACAUACAGGAUGGGAAGAGUAUAGCAUCAUCACCACCACAGAAUCAUUGUUCAAGAUUCAACACAGUCACGACGAUAUUCCGCUUUCUUACUACACUGGAAUCCUUGGUAUGCCUGGUAUGACUGCUUAUGGUGGUUUUUACGAGCUCUGUUCUCCUAAGAAAGGAGAGACUGUUUUUGUUUCUGCUGCCUCUGGAGCUGUUGGCCAGCUAGUUGGUCAAUUUGCCAAGAUCUUAGGCUGCUAUGUUGUUGGAAGUGCUGGAACUCAAGAAAAGGUGGAUUUGUUAAAGAACAAGUUGGGGUUUGACGACGCUUUUAACUAUAAAGAAGAGCCUGAUCUAAAUGCAGCUCUUAAGAGGUACUUUCCGGAUGGCAUUGAUAUUUACUUUGAGAAUGUUGGUGGAAAGAUGUUGGACGCGGUUCUGGUGAAUAUGAGAGUUCACGGGCGUAUUUCUGUUUGUGGAAUGAUCUCGCAGUAUAAUCUAAACGAGACUGAAGGUGUGCACAACCUGAUGAACAUUGUUAUGAAACAAAUUCGUAUGGAAGGAUUCUUGGUGUUCAAGUACUAUCAUCUUUACCCCAAGUUUCUCGAGAUGGUUUUGGCCAAAAUCAGGGACGGCUCCAUCACUUAUGUGGAAGAUGUAGUCCAAGGCCUGGAGAAUGCACCCGCAGCACUUGUUGGACUCUUUUCUGGUCGGAAUGUUGGAAAGCAAGUGGUGGCACUUGAUAUAGAUUCGAAUAACUAGUACUUGUAGCCUUUCCAAUUCCAAUG